AUGGUUGCUGAUACUAUUGUUUAUCAUCCUACUGUUACCAAGUUAAUUACUUUUAUAGAUAGUACUCCAAAGAGAGAAAAAUCAUUUAGAUUAAUAGCAUAUUUAUCUCGAUUCUUAGCUUAUUAUGCUGAAAGAAAAGGUUAUCCAAUUGAAACGAUUAAGUUAUUUGCUAAUUUGAAACAACAUUUCACUUUCAUUAGAAAAGGAUUAAGAUUCUUAAAACCUUUAAAUCAUUUACAAGCUGCUUCAAAGAUUUAUGAUAAUAAAUUAUUAGAUCCAAUCUUACAAUCAACUUCAAUCAUUAGAAACUUGGGUUAUGCUGGUUAUUUAACCUUAGAUUCCAUCACUUGGUUUAAAAUGUUAGGAAUCAUUGAUUCCAAGAAAUAUCCAACUAUAAGUAAAUGGGCUUCAAGAUUCUGGUUAUUAGGUUUGGUUUCAGGUAUAAUCAAUUCCUUACAUAUCAUUAAUUCAUUAUCAAGAUCAACCACUACCAGUUCUGAAGAUGAAAAGGAUCAAGUUGAUUCUAAACAAGUUGCCCAAAAACUUUAUUCUGCAAAGAGAAAAUUAGUAUGGGAUCUCUUAGAUUCAUUCAUUUGUCUUAAUUCUUUAGAUAUCUUACAUUUCACUGAAGGUGAUAUUGGUUUAGCCGGUGUGAUCACUUCCGUCAUGGGUUUGAAAGAUUUAUGGGAACUGACUCCAUAA